AUGGACCUCGCCUACAAUGCCCUCGACCGGGGCUACAUUCCCGACUUCGCCCUGCGACGAGCGAUCCGCGCCCUGAACGCCCAGCGCAUCGCCUCGCUCAUCAAGCCGUCGCCCUCGUACGGCGCGCACAUUGCGGCGAAGCUCGAGUACGUGCGCUCGCUCAAGAACCGCGAGAUUGCCAUCAAGACGGCGCAGGCCAACGAGCAGCACUACGAGGUCGACACGGAGUUUAUGCUGAGUGCGCUCGGCAAGAACGCCAAGUACUCGUGCUGCCUGUACGAGACGGGCAAGGAGACGCUCGACGAGGCCGAGGAGGCCAUGCUCAACUCGUACGCGGCAAAGGCCAAGCUGCGCGACGGCCAGGCCAUGCUGGACCUCGGCUGCGGCUGGGGCUCGCUCUCGCUCUGGCUGGCGGCGCGCUAUCCCUCGUCGCAGAUCACGGCGCUCUCCAACUCGCGCACACAAAAGCUGCACAUCGACGCGACGGCAAAGCAGCGUGGUCUGACGAACCUGACCGUCGUGACGGGCGAUGUGAAGGAGCACCAGUUCAAGGAGGAGAGCUUCGAUCGCAUUCUCAGCAUCGAGAUGUUCGAGCAUAUGAAGAACUACGCGCUGCUCUUUGAGAAGGUCGCGACGUGGCUGAAGCGCACGCCGAAGGACGCCAGCGCAGACGACAAGGCCCUGCUCUUCAUCCACAUCUUCUGCCACCGCACGACGCCAUACCACUUUGAGGAGGGCGACGGCUGGAUGACGAAGCACUUCUUCGAGGGUGGCACUAUGCCCAGUCACGACCUCUUCCUGCACUUUCAGAAGGACGUGGUGCUCGAGGAGAUGUGGUGGCUCAACGGCAAGCACUACGCCCGCACCUGCGAGGACUGGCUGGCGAAGCAGGACGCCGGCAACAAGGGCGGCAAGUCCAUCGCUGCGCUGCGCAAAGACGCCGAGCGCAAGGGCAAUGACCCGCUCGAGGGCGAGAAGACAUUCUACCGCUUCCGCGUCUUCUACCUUGCGUGCGCCGAGUUCUUUGGCACAAACGACGGCGAGGAGUGGGGCGUGGGCCACUACCUCUUCUCCCGCAGGGACUAG